UUUCCAAUUGAUCUACUCUCCCGUCUUCAUCCCUACCCACUCCCUAUACUACCCGGGGCCCCGUACCACCGACUUUGCCUUCUCUUCACUGCCAUUGCAACAAUCCCAAAGCACACAAUACACCAAUCACUGAACCCUACUCAACUCCUCCUCCCUCCACCACCACCACUGACGCUGCCGCCAGAUAUGAAAGCGGAGUUCUGUUUCCCCUUUUAUGAAACCCUGCACUCCAAGAAUCUUGUUUCAGUCAUGGUCUGAUGUUCUAAAGUUUCAAUUUUGAACAAAAAGAGAACAAUAAAUUCAUAGCCAUGGCUUGUUCAACAUCUUCCCCACUAAUCCCAACCCUAAUCCUCCUUCUAUCGUUGCCGAUUUUGUUCUUCUUCUUCGCCCCAAAAAUCCUUCCGCCGCGGCAAAUCUCGAUUUCUGUACCCGAUGAACUCGAUGACCUUUCACUUUUCCAAAAGGCCAUAGCCAUGGAUUCAGCCGAUUUGUCACGUAAACACCAUAAUAGACUCCCGUCUACCAGAUCCCGCCUCGGCUCCACCUUCCACCGACCCAAAAUCGCCUUUCUUUUCCUUACGAAUUCUGACCUCCACUUUGCGCCGCUGUGGGAACGCUUUUUUGCGAAUGUAAGUGUUAAUAAUAACUCACACGAGCAUCUUUAUAACAUAUACAUCCACGCCGAUCCUUCAGUGAAAAUUACCCUCCCAGAUGGGGUGUUUAAGGAUAAGAUUAUACCAUCUAAGAGGACUCAGAGAUCUUCGCCCACUUUGAUUUCGGCUGCGCGAAGGCUCCUCGCCACUGCAAUGCUUGAUGACCCUGGUAACGCGUACUUUGCGUUGAUAUCACAGCACUGUAUUCCGCUUCAUUCGUUUAGCUAUUUCUAUAAUUUUCUGUUUGAUCUGAGAAAAUUAUCGGGUAACUUGGAGUUUCCUAGUUACAUUGAGAUCCUGUCGGAUGAGCCGACUCUGUGGGAUAGGUAUAAUGCCAGAGGAAAGAAUGUAAUGCUCCCAGAAGUGGAUUUUGAUCAAUUCCGAGUUGGUUCUCAGUUUUUUACAUUAACGCGAAAGCACGCAUUGAUGGUGAUCAAAGAUAGGAGACUAUGGAGAAAAUUCAAGCUGCCUUGUCUAAAUGUUGAGUCUUGUUAUCCGGAGGAGCAUUAUUUUCCUACACUUAUGUCAAUGCAGGAUCCAAAGGGAUGCACACAUUACUCAUUGACAAGGGUGAAUUGGACCGACAGUGUGAAUGGGCAUCCACGCACUUAUCACCCUUCUGAAUUGUCCCCUGAGCUGAUAUACAGGCUCAGGGAAUCCAAUUCGAGUUAUUCCCACAUGUUUGCUCGAAAAUUUUCACCAGAUUGCUUGGUGCCAUUGAUGGAUAUUGCUGAUUCAGUUAUUUUCAAGGACUGAUUUUUUACUCUGGUAAUUAG